ACUGUCAACCAUGGCAGGGAGCUGGAGAGCGGGAGCUGCGCUAUCCAGGUGUUUGAAAACCUUUCUCCCCCGGGGCUCAGCGGCUCCCAGAAGAGGAAUCGCUUCCUGCAUAGACCCCUCCGCCGGCCUCAAUGAAGAGCAAAAGGAGUUUCAGAAAGUGGCUUUUGAUUUCGCGUCUCGGGAAAUGGCUCCUCACAUGGCCGCCUGGGAUGAAAAGGAAAUCUUUCCCGUUGAAACAAUGAGGAAGGCUGCGCAGCUGGGUUUUGGGGGAAUCUACACUCAGCCGGACGUUGGGGGUGCCGGUCUAUCUCGCUUGGACACCUCUAUCAUUUUCGAGGCUCUGUCUACAGGCUGUGUGAGCACCACCGCGUACAUGAGUAUUCACAACAUGUGUGUUUGGAUGAUUGAUACAUUUGGCAACGAAGAACAAAGGCACAGGUUCUGUCCUUCCCUGUGUACGAUGGAAAAGUUUGCAUCGUAUUGUCUGACGGAACCAGGCAGUGGAAGUGAUGCAGCCUCCCUGUUGACUUCUGCUAAGAGAGACGGGGACCGUUACAUCCUCAACGGCUCGAAGGCGUUUAUCAGCGGCGGGGGUGACACGGAUGUGUAUGUAGUGAUGUGUCGCACAGGAGGCAGCGGACCUCGGGGGAUCUCCUGUCUGGUGGUGGAAAAAGGGACCCCUGGGCUCAGCUUUGGAAAGAAGGAGAAGAAGGUCGGGUGGAACUCUCAGCCAACCAGAGCUGUCAUAUUUGAAGAUUGUGCUGUUCCGGUGGCCAACAGACUCGGGGAGGAGGGUCAAGGUUUUGGUAUUGCCAUGCGCGGCCUGAAUGGAGGAAGGAUCAAUAUCGCCUCCUGCUCCCUGGGUGCCGCUCAUGCCGCCGUAAUACUGGCUCGGGAUCACCUUGCUGUACGGAAGCAGUUCGGGGAGCCUUUAGCCAAUAAUCAGUACCUGCAGUUUGGAUUGGCGGAAAUGGCGACUCGUCUCGUCACCUCGCGUCUGAUCGUCCGGCACGCGGCCCAAGCCUUACAGGACGGCCGAGAGGACGCGGCUACCCUCUGCGCGAUGGCAAAGCUGCACGCCACCGAGGAGUGCUUUAAGGUGUGCAACCAGUCGCUGCAGAUGCACGGAGGAUACGGCUACUUGAAAGACUACGCGGUCCAGCAGUAUGUCCGGGAUAUCCGCGUCCACCAGAUUCUGGAGGGAACCAAUGAGGUCAUGAGAAUGAUUGUAGCCAGAAGCUUGUUACAAGAAUAACUCCUAAACUGGACUGGAUCACCCGAUUCCCAGGAGCGACUAAAGGAAAAUGUCACUGAGUAACCGUUCUCCCCAUACACUACUCCUUACGCGUGCUCAGGGGCCCCCUUUUUUAUUUGUUUUGUACUUUUCUUGCCUUAUGGAUCUUUUCCGGUGCUCUAUACUAUCUGU